AUGUUUCAAGCUACCGGAACCGUGGCUCCGGCUAUGCCUUUGGUGUUUCCCUGUUUGCUAAGACUACCGCAUAUCCAGCCUCUCCGGAGCGCAAAGACUCUCAUGCCUCUCGCAUGUCUCGAUCUGAAAGGAGGCAAAGGAAUGAGUGGGUUCCAUGAGAUUGACCUUAAAGUUCGCGAUUAUGAAUUGGAUCAGUUUGGUGUUGUGAACAAUGCUGUUUAUGCAAACUACUGCCAACAUGGUCGACACGAGAUUAUGGAGCACAUCGGUGUGAACUGUGAAGAAUUAUCCCGUUCUGGUGAAGCCUUGGCAAUUUCAGAGUUCACAAUAAAGUUCAUAGCACCUUUACGUAGUGGAUGCAAUUUUGUGGUGAAAACGAGGAUACCAAGGACAUCUGGGGCACGCAUUUACUUUGAACAGUUCAUCUUUAAACUUCCAAAUCAAGAGCCUAUUUUGGAAGCAAAAGGAACGGCUGUGUGGCUUGACAAGAACUAUCGUCCUGCUCGUAUCCCAUCUCAUGUACGCUAUAACUUCGCUCACUUCCAAUGCCAAGACGUCGCCGUUUGA